UAAGUUUAUUGGAGCUGUGGCUGAACUAGUGGCGGUGCAGGCGAGAACAAGACGCAUAAGGUUUAAUCUUCAAGAGCCUUGGAAAACACCGAGCAUUUUAUCAACAAGAGCCACAACAACAAGUCUUGCUGGGUAGUGCGACCUGGAACCCCCUGAAGAGCCCCCUCGAGCGGCAUAUUCACGCGCCAGCAUCGUUCCUGUUCGGUCAGAGAGAACACACGUCUGCGAACUCGUUCGACGCGACGCAACAAAGUCCUGAGCCCGUUUCCCUCCUGGACGUUUUCGCCUCCUCUCCAUCAGCAACAUGGCAUCUCUUGGUGAGGACUUGCUCGGCAUAGUCAACAAGUUGCAGGAUCUUGUUUUCAACACUAUCGGCAAUGACAGUUUAGAUCUUCCUCAGAUUGUGGUCGUUGGCUCGCAGUCCUCUGGAAAGUCAUCCGUCCUCGAAAAUAUCGUCGGUCGAGACUUUCUACCGCGCGGCAGUGGAAUCGUUACUCGAAGACCACUCAUUCUCCAGCUCAUCAACAUACCAACCGAUGACGAUUCCCCAGAAGCUCACACAGCUGCCGCGGUAGCUACACAACCAGAAUGGGCCGAGUUCCACCACAUCCCAAAUCGAAGGUUUACGGAAUUCCAAGAUGUCAAGCGGGAAAUCGAAAACGAGACGGCGAGAAUAGCAGGCAAUAACAAGGGCAUCAACCGACAGCCAAUAAACCUCAAAAUCUACUCUCCACACGUUCUGAGCUUGACAUUGGUCGACCUACCUGGCUUGACAAAGGUCCCGAUUGGCGAUCAACCAACCGAUAUUGAGAAGCAGACCCGAAAUCUCAUUUCCGAAUACAUUGCCAAACCUAACAGCAUUAUCUUGGCGGUUUCUCCUGCUAAUGUCGAUAUUGUGAAUUCGGAGGCACUGAAGCUUGCCCGCCAUGUCGAUCCUUUGGGCCGCAGGACGAUUGGGGUUCUCACGAAGAUUGAUCUAAUGGAUCACGGAACAAAUGCUCUAGAUAUCUUGUCCGGGAGGGUAUAUCCCUUGAAGCUCGGAUUUAUUGGCGUUGUCAACCGGUCACAACAGGAUAUUCAAGGCAACAAGUCUCUCGCCGAGGCUUUGAAAUCAGAAGCAGACUUCUUCAAACAUCACCCAGCGUACCGAAAUAUGGCAAACAGAUGUGGCACUCAGUUCUUGGCAAAGAGCUUGAACACAACCUUGAUGGCACACAUUCGAGAGCGGCUACCGGAUAUCAAAGCGCGACUAAAUACGUUGAUGGGGCAAACACAACAAGAACUGGCCAGCUACGGAGACAUGCACUUCAGCGGCAAAGAGCACAGAGGGUCUCUCGUACUUCAACUAAUGACCCGGUUUGCUUCUUCUUUUAUCUCUUCAAUAGACGGUACAUCAACAGAAAUAUCAACCAAAGAACUAUGCGGAGGUGCCAGGAUAUACUACAUUUUCAACUCAGUCUUCGGAAAUUCCUUGGAAACGAUAGACCCCACAACAAAUCUCUCUGCGCUCGAUAUACGAACAGCGAUUCGGAAUUCCACAGGACCACGGCCCAGUCUCUUCGUUCCCGAGCUCGCUUUUGAUCUCUUGGUCAAACCUCAAAUCAAGCUUUUGGAAAUUCCCAGUCAAAGAUGUGUCGAGCUGGUCUACGAAGAGCUCAUCAAGAUUUGCCAUACUUGCGGCUCAACAGAACUUACCAGAUUCCCUCGCCUUCAAGCUAAAUUAAUUGAAGUUGUCUCUGAUCUCCUCCGGGAAAGACUUGGGCCAGCCUCGAACUAUGUCGAAUCGCUGAUCGCUAUACAGAGAGCAUACAUAAACACCAACCAUCCUAAUUUCCUUGGUGCCGCAGCUGCUAUGAGCAAUGUAGUCACCAACAAGCAAGAAAAAGAGAGAAAGAGACUCCUGCAAGAGGAAAGAGAAAGAAGGCAGCGAAAAAUACAAAAGGAGCUUGGUGCUAAUGGCGCCGAUACACCAGAAGAUGAUGAGGAGAAUGGAGAGAAGAUUGAGAAUUUGGCGCACCGAAAACAGCUUCACAAAGGAGGGCGAAGCAUGUCUCCAGCGAUUCGUGAAAAUGGUGCGGGCGGCAUCGCUGCUACAAUGAACGGUGCGCGAUCUAGCUCGCCACCUCGAUUCAACGGUCAAGCUGUUGGUGGUGCCCGAGAUUCAUUCUUGAACUACUUCUUUGGCAAGGAGGGCGGUUUGCCGGGCGGACCUGGAGCAGGGCAAGGAUCAUCUUCAGCUCACAACCCUAAUCUGGGACGACACGUGAGUCAGAGCACAGAGCCAAGUUUCAGCCAAAGCAUUCGGAGGCAAGAGGAACGAGCAAUUCAUAGGACUCCGGCUCAGCAAUUACGGGAAGAUGAUUAUGAGUUGGGCAGGGCGCAGAGAGACUAUGACUAUAACUCUCCAUUCGGCAACAACAACGAACCUGCUUUGACGGACCGCGAAGCCAUGGAGACGGAGCUGAUCCGGGCCUUGAUCUCAUCCUACUUCAAUAUUGUGCGAGAGUCGAUAGCCGAUCAAGUGCCAAAGGCAGUCAUGCACCUUUUGGUCAACCACUCAAAGGAUGCUGUGCAGAACCGCCUGGUCAGCGAGCUCUACCGGGAAGACUUAUUCGAAGAACUCUUGUACGAAGACGACGCCGUGAAGAAAGAGCGCGAGAAGUGCGAGAAGCUGCUUAAAACAUAUAGAGAGGCAGCCAAGAUCGUUGGUGAAGUGGGCAUAUAGGCCUGCUCAAGCUUGUGGCGUUAGACGAGUUCGAUGGGCGCAUGCAUUUGGGGGAGGAUGGAAGUCACGGAUGAUGAUUGUAGAACACUGUAUUGUUGAUCCUGGGUUUUGGGGUGGAAACUGUACUUUUCCCACUCUGGUACAAGAUGUUUGAGCAUCAAGGCCAUGUCUAUACUGAAUAACCCCACCAACUGACUACUCAUUCUUAAAUACUGACCAACUGCCAUUCCAAAAUGUAGAGUCG